AUGCCUUCACUUAAUAAUUUAAAAAUUGCCGUCAGUUGUUCUAGUAAUAUGAAUAGAAGCAUGGAAGCUCAUGCUUUUUUGAGCAAAAAAGGUUUCUUUGUAAAAUCAUUUGGAACAGGUGAUAAGGUUAAACUGCCAGGAACAGCUCCUGAUAAACCGAAUGUAUAUGAUUUUGGUUGUUCAUAUGAUGAAAUUUAUCAAGAUUUGCUUAAUAAAGAUAAAACAUUUUAUACACAAAAUGGAUUAUUACAUAUGUUAGAUAGAAAUAGAAGAAUCAAAUUGGGGCCUGAAAGAUUUCAAAGUUGCAUGGAAAAAUUUGAUAUAAUUAUCACAUGUGAGGAAAGAGUAUAUGAUCAAGUUAUUGAAGCUUUGGAAAAUAGACCCAGCACUGAAAACACUCCUGUUCAUAUUAUAAACAUUGACAUUCAAGAUAACCACGAAGAAGCUACGAUUGGUGCAUUUUUACUCUGCGAACUUGUAACAAAGUUGUCUCAAAGUGAUGAUUUAGAUAAUGACAUUGAUGAACUCUUACACGAUUUCGAAGCUAAAUGCGACAGAGCCAUACUUCACUGUGUUAUGUUUUACUAA